AUGCGCACGUCACGCGCUGCGCUGCCAAUCUUGGCCGGCAUCUUUCUGGGCGGUGGGUGCCACGGCAGUCAAUCAAAGUGCUCGCAGUCGACCUUGGAGGCAAUCUUGGAUUCGAUCCCAGGCACAUCGAUCAAUUACGUCGAAGAGGUGCCUCAAGACGGGGCUUUUGGCGAUGCGGCUACCAACAUCCCCUUUCCACGCAACGCCACGGGGCUCCCAGCGCUUUGCGCCGCAUCAUUCAACACGAAAACCCCAGGAAAUACCUCGUACAACUUUGGCGUAUUCCUCCCCACGAACUGGAACGGACGCUUUUUGGCCACGGGCAACGGCGGCUUUGGAGGCGGAAUCAACUGGAUCGACAUGGGCAUAUUCUCCCAAUACGGAUUCGCAACAAUGUCCACGGAUACCGGGCACAGUUCUGCGCCGACUGACGGGAAAUGGGGCCUGCACCAGCCAGAAAAGCUCAUCAACUGGGGCCACCGAGCCAUGCACGGCUCCGUCACGGCCACAAAGCAGAUCGUCCAGUCCUACUACACCGGGGCCAUACGAUUCUCCUACUACGCCGGCUGCUCCACCGGCGGCCGCCAAGGCCUCCGAGAGAUCCAGCUUCACCCCGACGCGUUCGACGGCGUCGUCGUCGGAGCGCCGGCCUGGUGGACGACACACCUCCAGCCAUGGACCAUGAAGCAGGGCCUGACCAACGCGCCGGCCAACAGCCCCCAUCACAUCCCCCCUCCCCUGUUCCGCAUCAUCGCAGACGAAAUGACCCGGCAGUGCGACGCGCAAGACGGCCUGCGCGACGGCAUCGUCAGCGACCCCGACGGCUGCAGCUUCGACUUCAACCGGCUCCUCUGCGCGGGCAACAAGACCGCCUGCCUGACCGCUGCCCAGAUCGACACGGCCGAACGCCUCUACAGCAACUACCUCGACGCGAAGCAGGCGCUCGUGUUCCCGGGGAUAUCCCUCGGCGCCGACGCGGCCGCCCUCUCCGCGCAGCCGUCCACCCUGGGCAUCGACUUCCUCCGCUACUGGGUGCACAACGACAGCGCCUGGGACUACACGGCCUUUGCGUACAGCGACGUGCUCCUCUCGGAGAGGGUCGACCCCGGGGCCGCGACCGCCGACGACUUCGACCUGUCCCCCUUCCAGAGCCGGGGCGGUAAGCUCAUCCACUACCACGGUCUGGCGGAUAACUUGAUUCCCGCGCGGAGCAGCCGCUACUUCUACGACCGGGUGUACCGCGCCCUGACUCCGAGGGGCAUCCGCGUCGGCGACUUUUACCGCCUCUUCUACGUGCCCGGCAUGGAGCACUGCAUGGGCUCGGCCGCGGCGCCGUGGUACAUUGGCGGCGGGACGCAGAGCGUAACGGGGGCGAGCCACUCGGUCCCCGGGUUCGCGGAUCCCGAGCACGACGUCAUACUGGCCAUUAUGGCCUGGGUCGAGGGCGGCGCGGCGCCGGAUAAGAUUGUCGCUACUAAGUUCCGCAACGACUCGGUCUUUGCGGGGGUGGAAUCGCAGCGGCCGCUGUGCGCGUGGCCCCUGCGAGCGGCGUACUUGGGGCGCGGGGGGGUAAAGGAUGCGAGGAACUGGGAGUGCGUGGAGGCAGGAACGGACAGGGCGGAGCGCGGCGGCUCUGGCAGUAUUUUUGGUAGACUUACAGGCGAGUCGGGUUGA